GACGCGAUUUUUUUGGUGAAGAGGACACACAUUCCGCAGCAGCAGCAUGAGCACUUCGGACAGCACCGACACGACGAGCAGCAGCAGUCGCGAAAGCAGCAAUCAGCAAAAGCCACCCCAGGAGGAAAAUCAGGACGAGCUCAUCAUCAAACAACAAAGGGAAAUUGAACAGGAGAUUGCAUAUUCCAAUCCAUUGGUUAGCGAAUCCCAAGCUAUCAACAGCUUGAAUUCCGAAUACCUGGACGAUGCGGUCUACAUUGCAAAGGUAAAGGAUUUGGCCUCAAAGUACCGAGCAAUCAGGCGUACCCGUCCGGACGGAAACUGCUUUUUCCGGGCAUUUGCCUAUGCCUAUCUGGAGUACUUGGUGCGCAACAAAGACGAAUUUAGUCGGUUCUACGAGUAUGCGGCUAAAUCCCGAGAAAGACUGACGGAAGCUGGAUUUCCCAGAUUUACCAUCGAAGACUUCUACGAAACGUUCAUGGAGGUGAUUAACAAAGUGAAACCCGAGGGAGACGAUACGACCAGUGCUUUGGUUGAAUUGCAUAAACUCUUCAACGAGCAGGGAUAUUCAGAUUACGUGGUGGUUUAUCUACGCUUGAUAACUUCUAGCCACCUGCAGGAAAGGGCAGAUUUCUACCAGAACUUCAUCGACGGGAAUUACACGAUUCAGGAGUUUUGCCGCCAAGAAGUGGAGCCCAUGUACAAGGAGUCGGACCACAUUCACAUUAUUGCAAUCUGUUCGGCUCUGGAGGCGGGAGUUCGCGUGGAGUAUAUGGACCGAGGCGAUGGAAACCAGGUGAUUGCUCAUGAAUUUCCGGACGGUUGCAAGCCGAAUGUGUUCUUGCUGUACCGCCCUGGGCAUUAUGAUAUUCUGUACCCGAACGAGGCACAGUAGGAUGGAAUACAAAUGGUGAAUACAACGGAGUGACACUUUUCUGGCUCUUUCAAACGCUCUAUUCAUAUUUGAAGAUCUUAAUCGCUUAUGUAUCCUCUCAUUCAAUUAGAGUUUAAAUAAAUUAAUGAGAAAAUGUAGGCGAAAA